GUGGGCGGGCGGCCGGCCGGGGCACUCCACGGCCAGGGUCUCCGGGCACUCAGGCCGGGUCGCAGGAUCGUCCGCCAUCGCCAACGCUGCCGCCUCCGCGCUGGGAGCCGGCGGGGAUGGAACGGGAGGCGUCGCCUUGGGCCCUCGAGCCUCGGGAUGUGCAAAGCCCCGACGCAAUGGGGAGCCCCGAAGGGUCCCCGAAAGGCAACAGGAGUGAGAAUGAGAAUGAGGAAGAGGACGUUUCUCAUCAAGAAAGCACUGGGGACUAUGAGGUGGAAGAGAUACCCUUCGGGCUUGACCCUCAGAGCCCUGAGUUUGAGCCACAAAGCCCAGAAUUUGAAUCCCACAGCCCCAGGUUUGAGCCUGAAAGCCCAGGUUUUGAGUCCCGAAGCCCUGGGUUUGUGCCCCCAAGCCCUGAAUUUGCACCCAGAAGCCCUGAAUCAGAUUCUCAAAGCCCUGAGUUUGAACAUGGCAGCCCUGCCUAUGAGCCCCGGAGCCCAGGGUAUGAACCCCGCAGCCCGGGGUAUGAGCCCCGCAGCCCAGGAUAUCAACCCCGCAGCCCGGGUUACGAAUCUCAGAGUCCAGGAUAUGAAGCCCAGAAUGCUGAGUUCAAAUCCCAGAGCCCUGAUUUUGAAGUUCAAAGUUCCAAAUUCCAGGAAAGUGCGGAAACCCUGCUGAGUUCUGAGGAAAAGAACCCCCUGGGAGAACACCCCUUGGACUCCUUCACCCAGGGUUUUGGGGAGCAGCCAACAGGGGAGUUGCCUCUAGGUCCACCUUUCGAGAUGCCCACAGGGACCCUGCUAACUGCACCCCAGUUUGAGAUGCUCCAGAAUCCCCUGGGUCUAUCAGGGCCUCUGCGAGGUACAGGUCGAAGAGGGGGCCGGGCCCGGGGUGGGCAGGGCCCCCGGCCGAAUAUCUGCGGCAUCUGUGGCAAGAGUUUUGGGCGGGGUUCCACCCUGAUCCAGCACCAGCGAAUCCACACCGGGGAGAAGCCUUACAAAUGCGAGGUCUGCAGCAAGGCCUUCUCCCAGAGCUCUGACCUCAUCAAGCACCAGCGCACCCACACGGGCGAGCGGCCCUACAAGUGUCCUCGUUGUGGCAAGGCCUUCGCUGACAGCUCUUACCUGCUUCGCCACCAGCGCACCCACUCUGGUCAGAAGCCUUACAAGUGCCCACACUGCGGCAAGGCCUUCGGCGACAGCUCCUACCUCCUGCGGCACCAGCGGACCCACAGUCACGAGCGGCCCUACAGCUGCCCCGAGUGUGGCAAGUGCUACAGCCAGAACUCAUCCCUGCGCAGUCACCAGAGGGUGCACACCGGCCAGAGGCCCUUCAGCUGUGGCAUCUGCGGCAAGAGCUUCUCCCAGCGCUCAGCACUCAUCCCCCAUGCCCGCAGCCACGCUCGAGAGAAGCCCUUCAAGUGUCCCGAGUGCGGCAAGCGCUUUGGCCAGAGCUCAGUGCUGGCCAUCCAUGCCCGCACCCACCUGCCGGGUCGCACCUAUAGCUGCCCCGACUGCGGCAAGACCUUCAACCGCUCCUCGACUCUGAUCCAGCACCAGCGCUCGCACACGGGCGAGCGGCCCUACCGCUGUGCCGUGUGCGGCAAGGGUUUCUGCCGCUCCUCCACACUGCUGCAGCACCACCGCGUCCACAGCGGCGAGCGGCCCUACAAGUGCGAUGACUGCGGCAAGGCCUUCUCCCAAAGCUCUGACCUCAUCCGCCACCAGCGGACCCACGCGGCCGGCCGGCGCUGACCCGGGCCCCGUGGGAACAGGAGAGUGGGCAGAAGAGAGGAGCAGGGAGCUAGCGAAUCCUUUAGAGAGGAUAGUGAAGAGUCGGGAGAAGGGGGGAACCAGAAUUCUGGGAGGAGGAGAAGGGCCAGGCUGAAGAAGUUAGGUGCCCUGCAGCUCUGUGGGAAAUGGGCUCUAAAAGAGAGUUUGGAGGGAGGCCACACGGGCAGCAGGAGGCUCUGGGAGACAUUCAGAAAGUGGUGGGGGUUGCUGGUCCCAGUAACAGCCUGCCCCAGGGUCAGGUGCCUGACUUUGCAAAGUGCUAGAUGGGGGUGGGGGGCGGGAGGGUGGGUCCUUGAUUAGCGUGGGGAUAGCUUAGAUUGGUAGCUCCUGAGACCCUCAUGGGGUCAGGAAGCAGGGGUAAGAGAGCAGGCAGGGUGGUGAUUGGGGCCCCAAGGGGCCUGAGCCUAUGAGUGUGAACCCUAGCCUCCCUUGUCCUACUCAGACUUUGGAACCCCUGAAUGAGUUCAAUAAAAGCUUUCAUGUGAUUUAAAAAAA